AGGCUGGACUCAUACCCAGUUGGGUUGUUGUGAUUCCGACACUCAAACCGCUGCUUCACUGCCACCAGGACACAACAUGAACUUGUUUUGCUUCUCAUUGGAGGGUUCAAUGGACAGCCUGUAUGAGGCUGCGCAGACCUCCGGAGACAGCCCGGCCCAACCCAUCCCGAGCCGCUCCUCCAGCCGCUCGUGCAGCCCGGCCCUCCUGCUGGACGACGACGUGAGGUGGAGGGCUUCUGGAAGGUCUAUUUCUAUGGAAAUGACAAUGAGACCAGGCACCAACGCUCACAAAAAGAAAAAAAGAACACAAGUAUCCAAAUCUGCAUCAGACAAUGAAGCGCUGGCAGAUAACACCGCUGGUAAUGCGGCAUUUUGGAAGACUGCUAAGAGCCCAGAAGAUUUAGACCACAUCACCAAUCAUCACAACGAAGGGAUGAAGAAGACAAAGCACAGAGGAGACAACAAAGGAGGAAAAUCAGCUCAUCAAUCCGGUCCCAAAAAAAAGGACAAAAAUUCUGCAAGUCAGAACAUCAAAACCAAAGGAGCUGCAACAACAGCAAAAAGGAAUGACAAAUCUGGAAAGAAACCGAUUGGAAAGAAUGGGAAAGAGGGGGCCAAGAAAAGUCACAAUUCCACAGUGUACCCACCCGCAGGAGCCACAAGCCCCUCAAUGGCCCCACAACUCCUCGACGUGCCCUACAGGUCUGACAGGUGGCUCAACGUGGGCAAGUCCUCCACCCUUCCAACGCAGGAACACGCAACUCCGGGCCGCUGUACCGAUAUGAUGAGCCUGCCUGGUGGUGCGACACCUUCUCGGUACCACAACCAGCGCUGGAGCAACCCAUCCGACAACAUUCCCAUCUGGGGCACCGUCCAACACAACUGCCGCAGGCCGUUCACGGAGUAUUUGUACACGGGGUCAUCAUACUCCAAUGACUUCAGCCUCGCUCACGAGAAGAAGAUGCAACAGCAGAACUGCGGUCCCUCGAUUCUCCCAAAGGUGACGCGCUCCACUACUGACUUGGAUCUGUCAGAAGGCAACCGCUCCACAAGUUUUGGGAGGUUUGAAGGUCGCAGACAGAAUCACUCCCCGGCCAAAGUUGAGGAGAAUGGAACAGAUAUGCUCCCUGAAGAAAGUGAGCGCUUGGAUCCAAACAAGUCAGCUGGGAUUGGGAAGAAAAUGAAGGCCAUUUCACUGACCAUGCGCAGAAAAAUGGGAAAAAAACAUGCCAAGUCCUUCUCUGAAGAGAUGGGUGACGACACAGAGACAGAGACAACACCUGCAACAGAAAACCCCCCCACAAGGGCCAGCAACUCAUUAGAGAGUCUUUACAGCGCCCAAAGUUCCUCAAGUGGUGUAACCAGUGAGUCCAAUGGUUCUGGUCAAAGGGAGAGUCUGAGGUUGCAGGAGGACGGUUCCUAUCAGGGUCAGUUCUGUGGCAGAGCCCGCGUCCAUACAGAUUUUGUCCCCAGCCCGUAUGACACAGAUUCUCUCAAACUUAAGGCCGGUGAUAUUAUUAGCAUCAUCAGUAAGCCUCCAAUGGGCAUCUGGACAGGCAUGCUCAACAACAGGGUGGGAAACUUUAAGUUCAUCUAUGUGGACGUUUUGGUGGAGGAGGAGAAAAAAGAAAAAGAAAGAGAUGACGGGGACGACGAAGCUCCCAACAUACGACAACAAAAACUGUGCAAAAGGCCUCGACCCAAAACAUUGCUGGAGCUGCUGGAGAGACUCAAUCUAGAGGAAUACGCCUCUGCCCUGCUGCUCAAUGGCUACCAGACGGUGGAGGACCUCACCCACCUGCAGGAGAAACAUCUCAUCGAGCUCAACGUCAAAGACCCCGAGCACAGACGCAAGCUGCUUGCUGCCUCCCAGUGUCACUAUUCAGAUGGUGAUGAAGUAAGAGAUGUGGACGAAAGCAAAUCAUUGGGCGGUCCACAGGAGGAAGACAGCGACUGUCCAAGGGAUUCAGGCUGCUUCAUCCCGUCCGAGUGCUCGGACAGCAAGGAUGACACAGAGCAGCCUGCAGACACCGUGGCUUCCUAACCUUAUUCUCAUUUUGACAUAUGGCAGAAAAAGAAAAAAAAAAAAGAUGUAGGCCCUUCUGGAUGUUUGCAAACGACUCGUACGCACUCACAUCAUGACGCAUAGUCUCUUUUGACUUGGGAUGAUAUCCUGAACAGCAAUACAUCACAUUGUCAAUGAUAAUCAACAUUUAUUUCUGAUUUCUAUGGGGGCUAUUUGUGUGACAUUUUCUUUAAAAUCCCCACAUUUUUGUGUUUAUUUUAUUCCGAGUCAUUCAGCAUUUGUAUUUCUUUAUUCAUUGUCUCAUACGAAACUCUCUUUACACCCUUUCACCAUGUUUUCACCUUUAUUUUGAAUGGCCAGAGUGUUAGUAAGCGGAAUAUUAUGUCUGUAUGAGAACUGGAUAAUGUUUAAAUUCCAAAGUUGCCUUGUACUCUAUAUACAUACUUUAUACUGUGCUGUGAGUUAAAUGUAUUUGUGUGAAUGGCAGGGAGAGAAAAUAAUAUAUUAAUGUGAAUAUUUCUGUAAAUAACUUAAUAAACACUGCCAACUAUCUUA